AUGAUCCAGUGCGGCUUCGCGGGGCGCACCCUGGACGCCUGGAUCGGGCCCUACGAGGGCGUGGGCAAGGUGCCCGCCUCGGGCUGGCAGCCCUACCAGGACACCACGUUCGUGACGCCCGCCUUCUCCGGUUACGUCAGCGGGCAUUCGACUUUUAGCGCGGCGGCCGCGGGGGCGCUGAGGCUGUUCUUCGGGGAGGGGUACGUGGCGGCCAAGUGCCGCAGGAUCAAGGAGGGGGAAAGCUUGUUUGAGAGAAAGAUCGAGGAGGGGGAGGAGGGCUUCGACGCCGGCCUGACGGACGUCCCAAACCAGGGCCCCAGGACAAAGGGCUAUGCGCCCGCGACGGACGUCGUGCUGUGUUGGGACACAUGGGAAGAGGCUGCGGAGGAGGCCGGCAUAUCAAGGCUGCAUGGAGGCAUUCACAUCAUAGCGGACCACGAGGGCAAAGACAUGGGAUUCGAGAUCGCAGACAUGGUGUACGAGAAGGCAUCGGCUCUGUGGAACUGA